AUGGGUACAAAGAACGGCACAUCGCUACUCCUUAAUUCUGCUAUUGCCUGCACUAAUUCAAGAGGUCAUACAACGAAUGCUACCCAACCACCUAUUAUUUAUUCUGAAGCUGCUCAUCGUACUCUCAUUGCUCUUCGCUGUGCAAAAAGCAACCGGCCCUUCAAUUUUGUGAAGGAUUGCUAUUAUGCACUUGAAGUUGCAAUGCUCCGACCUGGUGUAUCUCUACCGAGCCCUGACACUGUUUCAAGCGACAUUAAAGCCAUUUAUACUGGCUUGUCAAUUCAAGUAAGGAACUACUUCAAGGUAAGUACAAAUAUACUUUUUUCCUUCUACAUCUAA